AUGCUUAACACUGCAACCGACUCCAUCAGCACAUAUCGAACUACCCUCAAGUCUGCGCCCGUCAUGAAAGCUGUGCGCUUCCACGGUCGCGGCGAUGUCGGAAUUGAGGAGAUUGAGGAGCCCACAUGUGGCAAAGGACAGGUGAAGAUGCGCCCUGCUUUUGUUGGGAUCUGUGGCAGCGAUAUCCAUGAAUACUCUGGAGGCCCUGUCCUAGUCCCCGAGAAACCUCACGGAAUCACCGGGGACACUCUCCCGGUAACCCUCGGUCACGAAUUCAGCGGAAUCGUUGAGGAAGUAGGAGAAGGCGUAAACGAUAUAUCUCCGGGACAACGAGCUGUCGUGAGGCCGACCAUCUUCGACCGAAAAUGUUCUUCGUGCAAGCAAGGCUAUGAGUACUGCUGUGAGAACAUCGGUUUUAUCGGACUUUCGGGAUACGGCGGUGGGUUAGCGAAGUACAUCGUCGCACCGGCGGAACAUUUCUACUCGAUUCCCAAGAAUGUAUCCCUCGAGGCAGCGGCCUUGGUCGAACCAUUGGCAGUAGCCUGGCACGCCGUGAAUAUAUCACCAUUCAAACCAAAUGAUAACGUUUUGGUUCUAGGAGGUGGGCCAGUUGGAAUCGGAGUUAUUCAGGUGCUCAAACUACAAGGGGCAAAGAAUAUCAUGGUGGCGGAGUUGACGGCAAAUAGGAAGAAGUUCGCUUCAGGGUAUGGGGCUACGCAUAUCUUGGACCCUCGGGAAGUAGACGUGGCCGCGAAGGUCCGGGAAUUGACCAACGAUAUGGGCGCCGAUGUCAUUUUUGACACGGCUGGUGUGGAAGUGGCCCUUAACGGAGCGAUUGGUGCUUGUCGAACACAUGGCACAAUAGUAAAUAUUGCUGUGUGGGAGAAAAGGCCGGCUCUUCGUGUCAACGACUUGAUGUAUAGUGAGAUCAAUUAUACUGGGUCUGCGCUAUAUGACGAGAGCGCAUUUCAAAAUGUCCUUCAGGCACUUAGCUAUGGACAAUUGAAUCCCGAGAAGAUGAUCACAGCGAAGAUAAAGCUGGAUGAAGUGGUGGGGAAAGGAUUUCAGGCCCUAAUAGACGAUCGGGACUCUCAUUGCAAGAUACUAGUUGAUGUUCAAGCUUAG